AUAGCGGUCCGGACUCUGGACUCUGUUAGGGUUAUGUAGCUACAUCCAGCCUAGUGAGUGGGUUGAGCGCUGCGCUAGGCCAUCCUGGCUCAUCUUGUCUUGACAACGCUAUCUGAAACCCGGUCUUUGCAGUUACCGGUCCUAGUGGCGAUGCUAGUACUACGGUAGCGCUCACUGAUAAAAAAAACAUGCUGUAUGGCUACUCUUCUUCCUUCGCUCGAUAUCUCAUCCUCCAUAGAACCAUAAAACGUUAGUAAACGCAUUCCAUCACCCAAGCCAUGACGGCGUACAACUUCGCUAGUCGAAACGUUAACUUGGCUUCCCUGAUGACUGGUCUUGGUAUAUCGUCUAUAGUUUUCCUCAUCUUGACCGCACAAGCCUGGAUCUAUUUCCGAAGGCACAACAUUCGAUCCCGAGAAAACAGGCAGAGCAAAGUUCUCGUUGCCUUCAUCUGGUUAAUGCAAGCUGCUCAAAUGGCAUUGACGUCUCGAAUCUCGUCCUUUCAUACAAUGGAUUUCGAGGAUAUACCCCGUUUUUUUGGCAAUGUGACGACAGAAUGGGCGCUCAAUACUGGAAUAUGUUCCUUGACUACAUCCCUUGUGCAUGGCAUUUUCAUCUACAGGGUUUCCAGACUCGAGAAGGCUCUCUGUGGUAAACGGAAAAUGACAUUCGUUCUGGUCACGCUGUGCGUCAUAGAGCAAGUUUUUGGUCUUCUCACUGCUAUAUGCAUAUUCAAAUAUAAUAAUAAUCAUAAUACCCGCACGAUAUAUGUUUGGUCUGCCCCGAUCUCACUUGGUUGUUCAGCAAUCAGUGAUAUCCUUAUCGCUGUAACUGUGGCCUAUAUUCUUCACAGGAAUAGAACUGCACCGCCAAGAACUAACCAAAUUAUCACGAAACUCAUAAAGUUCUCCUUACAGACGGGUUUGAUUACAACCGUGGCGGCAUUUAUCACUAUGGGAGUUUGGGCCGCCUCCCGUUUCGAUAUCUGCCAUUUACAAAUGUGUUUUCCCAUUGGAGGCGUAUAUGCUACAUGUCUUCUCGCCAACUCCAUUGCUCGGGAAUCCUACCUGCAGCCACAGACAGUCCAGGAAUCCGAGAUUUCCAAAAUCAGUUUCGCACGCUUCCCGCAAGGCUUGGAUUUACCAUACACUAACUCGGGGAAUCAGGAGACAUCGGCAAUGCACGGAGGAACAGGUUUCUCGAAAGCGUCCUCUGGUUGAGUCGAGUCGCCAUAAUCCUUUAGACCUAAUGCUACCAUCUCAAUUCUGCCGUGAUUGCCUACAUAGAAUUAUUUCACCAUCGAUGAUCGUAUGCAUCGAGAAGCUAUACAAUAUUCACUUGUGGGAUCAAAGUCAGUCAGCCCUCCCAGACAGAUCUUUUAUUCCUAAUAAUUCCAGUCUUUAUUCUGUGCACAAAUACUGCUUGAUGGAGAGUUGCCGA